GUUCAGUCAGAUUUAGAAACAUAUUUGUUCAAAUUUCCAUUUGACUCGGACACGUGAAUUAGUUUAAAACUGGUGUUAAACUAUUAUUAUUUUUUGGACCAGUGAAAUUACUUAAGGAAAAUGAGUACCAUUGUUGAAAAAAUUGCGGCUAUAGAAGCCGAGAUGGCCAGAACUCAAAAAAAUAAAGCAACAGCAGGACAUUUGGGACUUUUAAAGGCUCGUAUAGCAAAACUUCGGAGAGAAUUAAUUACUCCAAAAGGAGGUGGUGGAGGUACUGGCGAAGGUUUUGAUGUAGCUAAAACUGGAGAUGCACGAGUCGGAUUUGUAGGUUUUCCAUCAGUGGGAAAAAGUACUUUACUAAGUAAUUUAGCUGGUGUGUAUUCUGAAGUAGCUGCCUAUGAAUUCACCACACUGACAACGGUACCUGGGUGCAUUAAAUACAAGGGAGCAAAAAUACAGUUGCUAGAUCUUCCUGGUAUCAUUGAAGGUGCCAAAGAUGGUAAAGGUAGAGGUAGGCAAGUAAUAGCAGUUGCAAGAACCUGCAGUUUAAUCUUUUUGUGCCUGGAUGUGUUAAAACCACUGGGACAUAAAAAAUUAAUUGAGCAUGAAUUGGAAGGAUUUGGCCUAAGAUUGAAUAAACAACCUCCUAACAUAUAUUUUCGGAAAAAAGACAAAGGUGGAGUUAAUCUUAACUGUAUGGUACCGCAAUCUGAACUUGAUUCGGAUACUGUGAAAAGUAUCCUGUCUGAGUACAAAAUUCAUAAUGCUGAUGUUACUUUGAAAUAUGAUGCCACCAGUGAUGAUCUCAUAGAUGUUAUUGAAGGCAACAGAAUUUAUGUCCCCUGCAUUUAUAUAUUAAAUAAAAUAGAUCAGAUUAGCAUUGAAGAAUUGGAUGUAAUAUACAAAAUACCUCAUUGUGUACCAAUAUCUGCACAUCAUAGGUGGAAUUUCGAUGAUUUAUUGGAAAAGAUGUGGGAAUAUUUGAAAUUAGUGAGAAUUUACACAAAACCUAAAGGACAACUACCGGACUAUAAUUCGCCCAUUGUUUUACAUUCGGAACAUACAUCUGUUGAAGAUUUUUGUAAUAAGCUGCACAGGAGUAUUGCCAAGGAAUUUAAAUAUGCUCUUGUUUGGGGAUCCUCAGUCAAGCAUCAACCACAAAAAGUAGGAUUAGAACAUGUGCUGUGCGAUGAAGAUGUUGUACAGAUCGUUAAGAAAGUUUAAAGUGUGCUUACCUUUUACUUACGUUGAAUUGCGACUACAAAACAUAUUUAUAUUAAGUAUAAUAUGAACAACACUAGUGAUAUACUUGUUUUAAAACAAUCAAAUUAUUUUUGUGAACAUUUUUACAUUUAACCAACGUGUAUCAUGUACAUUUUCGAUUUUACUUAUUUGCAGGAUAUUUUCGUAGUUCCAAUGUUUUAACUACUUAAAUAAACUAACAAUAGACCAUGAA